GCUUCUUUAAGGCAGAGAGAUGCUCAACAUGAAUCGUCAACCACCAGGAGUUCACCCCACACUAACAUCAACUCAGCCCAAAGAUGCUCCGUCUUGCUUCUGGCCCAGAAUUGCUAUUUUGAUAUUGCUGAUUGCAAGCAUUGCUCUGAAGUGCACGCUGAUCGUUCUGAUGUUCUCAGCUUCACAGGUUCCUAGUGAAGGAAUCAAGGCAAGAAAAGAGAUCCAAAGUUGUCUACAGAAUUGUAUUCCUUGUGGAUCAGCUAAAGGCCACAUAACAGCAAAUUUGACUCUGAAUCCAAGCACAGCUCAUCCCCAGCUCUACGUAUCCUCUGAUUUGAAAAGUGUUAGAUGGAGAGGAAUGAAUCAGCAAGUGAACAGCAGUCUUCUGAGAUAUGACGUUAUGGCCAGUGUCCUAAGCCACGAGAGCUUCAAUUCUGGGAAGCUUUGCUGGGAGGUGGAAGUGCUGGAGGGAGGGGAGUGGAACUGUCUGCUUCUCCUUCACACCUGCUGCAAUGUUCUUGGAAACGGUUCAGACUCUCAUGGUCUUCAGCAGAAUCAUAAAGGUUUCAUUUCUCCAUCUAAACACUUAUAA